AUGUGGGAGGUGAGACUUGGACUCACCAGUCUAAGCAUUAUUGAGCCUAGCCGCGUGACCACCGUCACCAGGUCGGCGACGGUGCACUCCGAAUACAACCCCAACAACCUCUACAACGACAUCGCCGUCGUCUUCCUGGGUACCAACGUCCCAAUGAACAAUUACAUCGGACUGGUGAACCUGCCUUCUCGCUCACAGGCGAGCAACAGCUUCGAGGGCCAGACCGCUACGGUCAGCGGCUGGGGCCUCAAUACCGACACUGGACACCCAAAGGUUGAAAAGGCUGCUGGCCGCAUUGUAAAUGGCGCCCCAGCCUCACUCGGCCAGUUCCCACACCAGGCGUCCUUGAUCAUUGACUACGGCGCCAUGUGUGGUGGGUCGCUGAUCUCCGCCUCUGUCGUCCUAACAGCGGGGCACUGCGCCUCCGGGUUCAGCACGUGGGAGGUGAGGCUUGGACUCACCAGUCUCAGCAUUAUUGAGCCUAGCCGCGUGACCAUCUACACCACGUCUGCGACGGUGCACCCUGAAUACGACGUCGCCGUCCUCUUCCUGGGUACCAACGUCCCGCUAAACAAUUACAUCGGACUGGUGAACCUGCCUUCUCGCUCACAGGCGAGCAACAGCUUCGAAGGCCAGACCGCUACGGUCAGCGGCUGGGGCCUCAAUACCGACAACGGUGUCAUCCCAGACACGCUGCAGUACACGACACUGAACGUCAUGUCCAACACGCAGUGCAGCCAGUACUUCGGCGGUCCCAUCUACGACUUCACACUCUGCGCCAUCGGAUCCAGCGGACAGAGCACCUGCGGCGGCGACAGCGGCGGCGCGCUGGUGGUCGGCUCACAGGGAAGCUACACACAGAUCGGGAUCGUCAGCUGGGGUUCGGGCAAUGGCUGUGCGAGCGGAGACCCGGCCGGCUUCACCAGGGUCACCUACUUCCUCGACUGGAUCUCAAGUACCGCUGGCAUUACCAUUCCGUAA